UUAUCCCACACACAACCGUCAACGACCAGACGACGACGACGGCAAGAUGAGGAUCGAGACAUGCUACUUUUGUUCCGCCCCUGUUUACCCCUCCAAAGGCAUCACCUUCGUCCGCAAUGACGCCCGCGUCUUCCGCUUCUGCAAGUCAAAAUGCCACAAGAACUUCAAAAUGAAGCGCAAUCCCCGCAAACUAGCGUGGACUAAAUCUUUCCGUCGCGCCCAUGGCAAGGAGCUCACUGUCGACUCCACGCUGCAAUUCGCCGCGCGCCGCAAUGUCCCCGUGCGAUAUAACCGCGAUCUGGUGCAAUCGACGCUGAAGGCGAUUUCGAGAGUCAAUGAGAUCAGGAAGAGGAGGGAGAGGGCGUUUUAUAAGGCCAGGAUGAGGGGAAAUAAGGAGAGACAGAGGGCAGACGAUAGGAAGUUGGUCGAGGAGAAUCAGCAUUUGUUGCCACCAAGUGAGCGGUGGGGUGCGGAGAAGCUAGAGGAGGAGGAGAUGGAGGUGGAUUUGGAGAUGGUCAAAGCGAAGGUUGAAAAGAGGAGGAAGGAGCUAGAGGAGGGUAUGGAUGUUGGGGAGAGUGAGCUAGAGAGUGAGCUUGAGGAAGAGCUGCCGAAGACUAAGACGAAGAGGAAGUUGAGGAUGAAGACCAGUGGUGGGGUUGAGGCGAUGGAUGUUGAUGAUUAAAUGACAGAUAGCGGGAGGAUUGACACGUUCCAAAGUCCAGCUUCGACUUAUCAAGGAGAAUAUGUCCAACUAUUCAUGAGCAUUCCACGGGGGAGUCUGGCGUUAGUAGGUCCUGUGGAUAUACUAAGAUCACGAUAUUUCGAUACCAAGUGCUAAAAAGACAUCUUUUCUU